AGGCAAAGGCGGAGCGGCUCCUCCCCGGGGCCGGCCUGGCAAAGGCUCUUCUUCUUCCGUGGCUCGGGCAGCCGUGGGCAGAGCCAACCCGGAGGAGAAUGGCGUCCCGGUCAGCGUCCGCCGCUCGUUCCCACGACCCGGCCACCUACUUCCGAAGGACCAGACCGUUUGUAGUGUUGGUGAUCGUGGGCUGGAUGCUGUACUACGGCUGUGCUGUCUUGGCACCUUCAAGAAUCCCCUAUGAUGGUCUGGGUCCGUUAGGAAAAUUCACACAAUAUCUGCAGGAGAACCACAAACCUGUUUUCCAUGUAGGAUAUGCGGUGACUUGGUUACUUCAUAUCGGUGAAGCGUGUUUGAGUAUCUGGUUAUGCAAUAAGAAAGGCAUCACGGACAGCAAGACGCAGCUUCGGUGGUUCAUUCAAACGUUGGUGUGUGGCAUCUUUUCACUUUAUUUUCUGCUGGUUUACAAGCCACCCAAGAAAACCCAAUGAAGAAUUGGAACUGGAAAAGGAAACAGAAACGGGAUGAUAUUGCCCUUAACACCGAAGGAUCUCUCCGUAUUUUGGCAUUUGACUGAAAAAAGCCACCCUUUGGUAUUGGGGCACCCUGGUGAUAAACUUGUAAGUUGAUAAAGCAGAAAUCACAUUUUAAAAAGGGAAUAGAAAAUUCUCACCUUCUUACAGAAGACCUGCUGUUCAAAGAUAGUAGUACCGUAUUUUUCAGACUAUAAGUCACAUCUAAAUUUAGAAGAGAAAAACAACAAAAAGUUUUUGGCUUCCGUGAACCCCAUUUUCGGCCCUUUUUUCCGGCCUUUUUCCGUUCUGUUUUGGGGGCUUUUUUCAGCCUGUUUUUUAGGCUUUUUUUUGGCCCAUUUUUGAGGGCUUUUUUGAGCCUUUUUUUUGGCUCGUGUUUGAGCCUUUUUUCAGCCCAUUUUCUCUGCUUUUUUUUGGUUGAAAAUCUGUCAGCUGACACUGGAUCUGUCAGCCAGAUAGCUUUGAAAAUGGGCCGAAAAAAGGCUCAAAAACGGGCCGUACGGAGGCCAAAAAACAGCCAGUGGGUGGGUAGGGUUUUGGCAGUAUUCGGUCUAUAAGAUGCACAGACACCCCCUUUUGGGAGACAAAAAAGUGUGUCUUAUAUUCCAAAAAAAUACGGUAUCUUACAUUUUCUAUUCUGUAUUUAAUGAUAAAAAGAGACCUCGGGGUUAGGGUAAGAGCUGUUACAGUGUUAAUUUUGGGAAAUAAUCCUGUUUUCAAUAGAUGUAGUCCUCGACUUACAGCUGUCCACUUACCUCGGCACUGAAAUAAGCGACUUACGACAAUUUUUCACACUUACGACCAUUGCAGCACUGUGGUCACGUGAUUUACAUUUGGACUCACAUUUACGAUAAUCGCAGGUCAUGUAAUAACCUUUUUUUGCAACCUUCUGACAAGCGAAGUCAACAGGGAAAACCAGAUUCGCGUAACAACCCUGUUACUAAUUUAAUUAAUUAGGGGGCAAGAUGCUGACUCUCUAACAUCCCUUAGAGUGGGCUGUAAAGCAUGGUAAAGCGGUAUAGAAGUCUUAAGUGCUAUUGCUAUUGCUAUUAAGAACUGCAGUGAUUCAGUUAACAAACAUGGCAAGAAAAGUCAUAAAAUGGGGCAAAACUUCCUCAACAAAUUACUCCCUGAGCAACAUGAAUUUUGAUUCAAUUUUGGUUGUAAGUAGAGGACUACCUGUAUGGAUCAGGACAAUAAUAUUGUUGUCAGAUCGGACAACAGAUUCAGCCUACAAUAGGUGCCUUAUGCUGCUCUGUUAGUAUUUCCUUCACUUGCUACCUUAUUAACUGCAGUAGGUCAAUGGGACUUUAUAUUUGCAUGUAGAGGCCAACAGAGGACAGAGAGCAAUAAAUAGAUGAAACUGUUCUCUAGAACAGGGGUCUCCAACUUCCAGCCCAUGGACUGGCCCCAGGCUGCGGCAUGCUAGCCACCGGGCCAAGCAAAAAAAAAAGGGAAGCCCCAUCCGUGGUACUGAAAUUUAUACUUGGUUGGAGAAAAACACAGCCAGAUUAUUUUAUCUGGCUGGUCCCAGCAGGAUAUUUUUAAAAACUCAGAAAUGAGUUAACCCAGUUAAGCAACAUUUCUCACAAUUCUAAUGAAAUGCUCUUUUUGUUUUUAUCAUGGCGCUAAUAAAGUCGCUUGCAAUGUAAAACCA